AUGCCGUACCUGCUCAUCAGCACCCAGAUCCGCAUGGAGGUUGGUCCCACCAUGGUAGGAGAUGAGCAUUCGGAUCCCAACCUGAUGAGCUUCCUGGGGGCCACGAAGAGGAACAUGCUGGGCAACCACUU